AUGUCUAUACCAAAUAACAGAAACAAUAAACUGUUUUCGCGCAAAGUAUCAUCGUCGAAACUGAAAACGGAGCUGUGCUUCUGGGGCGAGGUGUACGAGUUCAGCGCGCUGCCGGCGGUGCGCGCCAUACACGUCAACGUGUACCGCGAGCCCGAGCGGCGCGCGCGCAAGCGGGACAAGCACGCACUUGUCGGCACGGUCCGCAUUCCCGUGGACGACGUGUCGUCCCGCUACCUGAACGAGCGCUGGUACCCGGUGAGCGAGGGCGACAAGCCGCAGUCGCCGGGGCGCGCGCCCGCGCCCGCGCCCGCGCCCGCGCUGCGCAUCAAGUGCCGCUACCAGUGCGUCGACGUGCUGCCGCUCGACUGCUACGCGAGGUUCCUCGACUACCUGAAGCGGAACUACCGCAGGCUCUGCGAGUACUUGGAGCCGGUUAUUGGUGUAAAAGCAAAAGAAGAUAUUGGCUGUGCCCUCGUCCUGUGCAUGGCGGGAGCGGGAAUGGCCCCACGAUACUUAGCGGACGUGGUUGCCCUCGACGUGCGGCGGACUGGCGACCACUCGCUCACUUUCCGCGGGAACUCGCUCGCUACCAAAAGCAUGGAGGCGUAUUUAAAGCUCGUUGGUGAUCAGUAUUUACAGGACACGCUGGGCGAGGCGGUGUGCGCGGCGGCGGGCCCGAGCGCGGCGGAGUGCGAGGUGGACCCGAUGCGCGCGGGCUCGGGCGCCGCGCUGCGCCGCCAGCAGGCCGCGCUGCGGGACGCGGUCGCGCUCGCCUGGCGCGCCAUAGCCGCGUCCGCGCCGCGCUUCCCGCCGCCCCUGAGGGACUGCUUCGCCACUUUUAGGGAAAGGCUCGCGUCGAUGGGCAGGGAAGAUAUAUCAGACAAUCUCAUCAGUGCUUCAAUAUUCCUGCGCUUUUUGUGCCCGGCGAUACUCUCCCCGAGUCUCUUUGGAAUCACUCACGAAUACCCGAACGAGCGUGCGGCGCGCAACCUGACGCUGGUCGCGAAGACGCUGCAGACGUUGGCUAACUUCACGCGCUUCCAGGGCAAGGAGGCCUUCAUGGAGUUCCUCAACGACUUCCUCGAACAGGAGGCGCCCAAUAUGAAAGCCUUUUUGAGAGCUAUUUCUACACGACCCCAGGAACAACAAGCGCAACAACACCAACAACAACAACAGCAGCAGCACCAACAACAACAAGACAACAGCAAACGCAACUCGGCCACAUCUCAAGGGUCAGCGAGCUCCGAGCCGCAAGUGGGCAGCGUGGAAGCGGACCCCGAGUGGGCCCCACACGUGGACUUGGGCAAGCAGCUUGCCACGUUGCAUGGCUUGUUGGUCGAUAGCUUGCCAAAAUUACCCGCUGGACGGAUACCGGAACUGGAUCCAUUAUCCGACAUAUUGGAAGAACUCUCUAAGAAGUUAGUCAGCAACGAUAUCGGACCAACAACCCAAAUGACUGAUAAUAUAUUUAGGUUCAACGAUCCCACUUGCAACACGCCAACGAAACAAAGCACUGAAAACGUUGUGUCUAACGGUCCACUAAACAACAACUUCGCUCACAGUUCACCCAUCAUGAACAAAAACGGUGUACAAUUCAACAUCAGUCCGUCGAAAUCGAACGCAGAUGAAUCGAAGUACAAAGGAUCGUAUGUAACUGUGUCCAAAUCGCCCAGUUUUAAUUUACGCUCCGCAACGUUACCCAGAAACGGUUACGGCUCGAGCCCGGGAAACCAAAACGUCAACCCGGAUAGAUACAGCUCACAGUACAACAACCAAGAGCACUGCGUUAACCUGAAAGUCGUACAAAUUGGCUUCGGCUCGGACCAAUAUCCAAAAGGCAUCAGCAAUGGCUUGAACGAAAGCCUCGAAAGACGGUUCCAAGACAGAUACAAGCCAAACAAUAAUUUCAAUCAACAGCACUACCAUAACUCAAAUUACAGCAGCACCGAAAGAUCUCCAAGUAGCGAUAGCAUUAACCAUAAUUAUUGCACAAACGAAAUGCAAAAUAUCAUAAAGGAAACUGCCACGUUGGAUGAGCUGUCAGAUUUGUUGAAAUACGCAGAUGAUUCCGAUAUAGUCGACGAGAAGAUUAUGAACAAAAAGAAUAUAGCUCAAUCGAAAUCGAACAACAAUAUCGUGAAUGGAAACAAGAAUUACACAAACAACGGCUCAAAUGUUUCCAUUAGUGGUUUGUCGAAUGUCGCCAGUUCCGGUUACCAAAGUAUCGCUACGUACAGCCAAAGUUCUAGUCCCAUCGAGAAUACCACACAUCACCACCAGCCCUAUGAAAACGGCGGACAACCUUUGAGUCGCUAUUCGCAGCUAAAUUACCAAAAACAAAGAGACAAACAGUAUUACGACAGUAAAAACGAAAAGUUCUACCCAAAGAGCCCAGUGCAACAAAAAAUCGAGUACGACAUUCAGAAAUAUGGCAUACAAAAUUUUACCACUGCCGAUAAUGUACAAAAUAACACAAAUUCAAAUUCAAAGAUCGCUCCAUUAGUGUUCACGAAUCCCGUUUAUAAUAUGGAGGAUAAUCGACAAUCGCAAGAAAACAAAAAGAAUGAAAAUAGAAACUCCAAACGGUGUCCAUGUGGCUCAUCCAGUUCAUCCAUAGAUGAGGAGGGCUUGAGCACUGACAACGCGGAGACUAAUUCUGAAGAGGGUUCUACCAACUUCAAUGACGAUGGUAGAAACUUCGACCAGCAGAAUCAUAACAGCACCCACCGAAAACUCACCAGAGAUAAUUGUAAUUAUGAAGAUGUCUAUCAGAGGAGUAAUCAUAGUAACUCUCCUAGAAUAAGGGACGAUGAAUCGUCUAGCAAUUCGCCUAGUCUACGCAAAAGUAGCAAGACGCGAAUGCCCAGAACAAACCCUAUGCUCUCUUACUCAACUAAUCAAAAUCAACUCAAUCUCAAACACUUUGGACAGAGAGGCGAGUCGCUAUAUGAAAGUAAACCUCACCACAUAUCCACAGACUCAGGAUACCCUAUGAGCAGGUCGGAUUCUAACGUCGAAGAAGUGAACAAAGAGAUGUAUCGACUGCAAAUAUCGAGGAGUCAAAAAGCCUUGUACAACAUGGAGAAUGCAAAGAAUUCUCCCGAGAAAUUUGCAAACGAUAACUCUAUUCAGGAGACGAAUUAUCCGCUGGAUAGAGCCUAUUCAGGUGCAAAAAUGUCUAGCAGUAGACUGAAUGAGGAUAUGGAGAGGCAUCAGGAUUAUUAUGGUGUGAGGGAAAGACGGGAGUCGCCGUCUCGAGUGUUCAGCAGGGAGUCCCACUCGAGUGAGGCGAGUGAGCGUGUUCCAGUGAGGACUGAGAGGGAUAUACCAGCGAGGGACAAACUGCAGCGCCGCCUCAGUUUGGAGUCUGCGCGGGAACUCACCGACAGUUCAGAUGAAAUGGACGACACGCUCUACAGCACUACGGGACGGAGGCGGACCAAGCAUCAUAGAACUAUUGAACAGUAUGAACGUGAAAUAGAACGAUUGAAAUGUUCAGUGGAGUUGUUGCGCGGCCGGCUCGGGCCCACCGAAGCUGGCCAAGAUCACACUGAUGCCAAGAUGAAGGCUAUUAUAUCAAGGUUAAUUUGCGUGGAGGAGGAGUUACGGCGAGAGCAACGCAAGAUGGCCGCCGCGCUGUCACACAAGCAGCGCGUCAUCGAAGCGCAGGAACACAGGAUAGCCGCUCUAGACGAAGCGAACACCCGGCUACUGUCCGCUUUAGUGCAUUUACAGCAGAGAGCGCCUCACCCCGCACCCGCCCACAACACCACACACACUAGCACGCACUCUCCACACUCACACCAAGAACUUCAAAUUUAGAACACCUUUUCGAAAUUUAAAUUUCUCUAACGAUUCUCGAUUGUUUGACAAUAGCAACGUUCUUUUUUCAAAUAUUUUCUUCGUAAUACAAGUAGGGCAUUAUACAAAUUCAAAGCUUUCUCAUAUUACAAUGUAACACUUUUGUAUUAAUCUAUGUAUAGCAGUAAUUGGUAGUUUUCUGAUAUAUUCUUAUUUAAUUUGCACAAAUUAUGACGAACAAGACCUGUAAGUUAAAAUGCAUUUCUAAUUAUGACAUUUCUGUUGUAUCCCUUAUAUUAUUGAAAUUAUUGUUAUUGUAUUAAUUUAACUUAAUGAAUCACAAUUGUUUAAUUUGCCAUUUAUUUUGUUAACGUUGUUACGUUAGUUUUAAUAACAUAUGCUUUAAAUCAAUUUAUCAAGUUCUACAUCAGUAUUCUGUAUAAUAUUCUGAUUUCAAAGUGAAGUUUUUUUUUGUUUUCUACAACAAUGAUACCAAAGACGACGAAUAUCCCUUACCUAGAGUUAUGGUGGCGUAUUCUGCGAUUGUAUCUCUAAUUGUAUUUUAAUGUGUUAUAGAUUUUAUAAUAUUAUAAGACUUGUAUGAUAAUAAGUAGAAGUAUGAUUAUAUGUAGUGGCUCGGCAUUGGAAUAGAAGAGAAAUAUUUUUAAUACCUUUGAGUAUUACGUGCGUAGAGUUUAGUGAUGUGAAUGGAAAA